AUGUCAGGACUCUCCGGUCACCCCAUUCUUACAGACUUUGGUCAAAUGAGGUUAGUGGAAGGACGCGCAAAUCAGGAUUGGUGGAUGUCUGAUCCAUAUCGGGCCCGGAAACACUCGAACUUUUGGAAGGCAGAAGCCUUUUUUGAUCUGAUAGAUCGUCCCCACGGUCAAUACGUACUUCCAUUGGCUUUGGCACAAUACAUAGGAUAUCUGGGCCUUCCGCCUCUAGAAGUGAUCCGUCAGAGCCCACUCUUCUCGACCUACUUUGAUUCAGAGGCAACACUUGGCAUUCGCUUAUCUUUAGGUUCCCAAGAAGGAGGGUAG